AAGGACUUCUGUUCUCAGAGCAGUGGCCUUCACUAUGUCAUGCAGCUCCCUCUGAAGGGAGCAGAAGCUUUCCAUUGACUUUAUGAGCCCAUGGGAAUAAUAAAGGCAUGAACUGCUUGGCUGAGCAGCAGGUUCACAGAGCAUAGAUAGCUCAGGGGCUGAAAAACAUACAUCUGUCAAGCUUCUCACACAGCGUAAGACAUGUUGCUAUGUGGUAGCACUUCUCCUUGGGAUCAUCUCUGUCACGUGAGCCAAUGCCCCAGAGGCCAGGAAGCAGCCCUGUGUGUGUGUGUGUCCUUGCCAUCUACUGUGGAGUGCCAAUUAUCACAAAGUCAUAUCAAAAAGCAUACAGCUACUGUCUGCUUUAUUUCUAAUCGACUUCAUUCUUCUCCAGCUGAAACUCUCAGCAGCUUUGCCAGCAAUUUCAGCUGGUAAGGGUGAUGCCUUAAAAGCAAAACAAACACCUGCACCUGCUGAUUGCAACAAGGGCUCUUCUUUCUGAUGACCUCAUGGUAGUUCCCCUAAAAACUAUGGUGAACUACAGCUACAUCAAACAAAGAGAUCUCUUCAAAUCUAAAUCUGAACGUCUGCUUUCAGGCUUUCUUUUGGAAGAUGGUGUGUUUGCCUCAGGUGUGCGCCUACAGAAGGAUAUCUGGCAUUGACUGAGUUGGUUUGAGUAAAGCAGGCUCAGGCUUUGGAGUGGUGGAGAUGUUAAGUCAAAAAACGAGAAGAAAGCUGACAAAACAUCUAUUUUCAAUCAGGUUUCCUCACUGAAGAACAGAUGGAACAAACGUUUCUAUUGAAAAAUGACUUCAAAGUUGACUUCUUUUGGAGUUCAGCAGCAGCCCUGGUUUUCUGUAUUGCUUCUGGCCAUUUCAGGAAGCACUUGUCCUUGUGAGGAAGAAAUAUUUUCCUUGUCCCUUCCUUAUUUUGUGUCACAAGGGUGAAUGUAGUUUGUGAUGGAAAUCCUUGCACUAUUCUUUACGCAAGAUGUCACUGCAUUAUUUUUUUUUACCUGAUCAUGCAUUUCCAUUCUAGUUCAAAGACCGAAGUACACAAGCUGAUAACGGAGUGGUGGAAGAAGGGAAAAAUAUGUCUCCUACUGUCUGAUCUUGAUUCUUCAUGGCACUAUUGGAUUCAUUAAUUUCCUUUUCAAGCAAUGUAUUUUGUACUGCAAACUUCUACCAAGUUUUCAGUUUCUACAAGACUGCAGGAAGAUUUCAGAGGGAUUUGAAAUUACUCAGUCACUGCUUCGAAUGAGUGUUGAGCUGGUCAAACAUUUUCAGAGGUGAAUCUUUUGCAUUUCGAGGACUUUUUUCCAUUGUUCAUUCAUCUUCUAACCUCUUAUUCUCAUUAUGGAAGCUUAUUUGCAAAGCCUUGCUGGCUGGACACCAGAGAGACCUCAGACUGCCAUGCAGGUGACAAAGGCAUGGGUUGCUUUUCCAAAAAUGUGAGUUUUGUUUUCUCCCAGUGGUGCUGCCAUUGCUGCAGAGCUGACUGCAUUUCAGCCAAUCUGUACUGAUACUUGUAUAGCUUCUCUCACCUGUUGCAUGCUGUCAGUGCACUCCUUGCAGUCGUACAAUGCCUCACUAGUAGGGAUGCUGGCAUCUUCACUUAUAGCACCAAAUACUGAUCUGCUCUGUGGCUGCAGACCCUCAGUGGUAUCACUCAGCUCUGUGUGUGACUGCAAAGCACUGCCUUCCAUAAACACAUCAGAUCACUGCUCGUCUCGCUCAUUAAGGCAAUUAGCGACCUGUAGAAGAUGAUCAUUCAGGGAUUUUAGCCCUCCUGACGUCGGUGUCUGGUCGACGGCACCAACAGAUGCCGUUUAUAGUCCAGCUGAUAAUCUCUCUCUUUCCAGCUUGUUAUUAUUAUCAUCCAAAGUGCCUUUUUGCUUCUGUGACCCAAACAGAAUCCCCCCCGCCACCGUUUUAGCAGCUAACAUCCACAAUGGGGGCAACUGAUCCAGCGCGGGAGUUAAAUAUAACCGUGCCUAGUGUAAGGAGAAGAGUGAAUGGGAAAUGGUUGGCAUUCCUUCUUCCUGAAGGCACGGCGAGAGAGGGAGCGGGCGAGAGCCGUGCACACACGCAGCCACACAGCCGCACAGACGCGCGGCCGGCGAGGAAGAGGAAGCGAGCAGGAGGCAGAGCAGAGCCCGCAGCUCGCCGUGCCCGCGGCUGGCAGCAUGUCCACCCUCAGCAUGGCCACCUGGGGACUGUACCUGCAGCUUCUCUCCUGCUGGGCUUUCUCUCAGAGCCCCUACGCUGACAAUGCCUUCUCACUCUCAGCAGAUCUCCCUUGUUUGGAACAGAAGAAGCAGCCUACCCACAGAGCAUGCUGCUUCCUCAUCCCGCCGCCGCCGCCCAUGUUUCCACCACCGCGCUUCAGGCACGACUGGAGCUCUAGGCUGCUUGAUCUGGACAUGAAGGAAUUGUGUCAAGAGCUCCAGACAACACAGGCCUCUCUGCCCGAGUCACAUUGCCCUGCAGGGCCUCCUGGCCCCCAGGGUCCACAAGGAAUUCCUGGUAUAAUGGGACCAAAAGGGGAGAAAGGGGAGAUUGGCAGGCCAGGAAGAAAGGGUAGACCAGGUCCCCCGGGUGUCCCUGGGAUGCCAGGACCAAUAGGAUGGCCUGGACCUGUGGGACUGAAGGGUGAAAAGGGAGAUUUGGGUGUGAUGGGAUUGCCAGGUACCAGAGGACCAAUGGGCUCCAAGGGUUUUCCAGGAACUAGAGGAGAAAAGGGUUCCAGAGGGGAUAGGGGAGACAAAGGAGUCAAAGGAGACCAGGGAGAAAUAGGCUCCCCAGGAAUGCUGGGACAGAAAGGAGAGAUGGGCCCAAAGGGACAAUCUGGAGCACCAGGACACAGAGGACCUAUAGGAAGACCUGGAAAACGAGGCAAACAAGGGCAAAAGGGAGACAUUGGACCUGUGGGCAUCAUGGGCCCACCUGGAAGGCCUGGUCCUUCUGGCCAGCCAGGCCCCCCUGGACCUUCAGGAUUAGGGCAAUUUGCAAUAGGACCAAAAGGGGAAAGAGGACUUCCAGGACCUCCAGGAAGAUGCCACUGCAGACCCCCACAGCAUGUGAAUAAUCCACCAUAUGAGGAAUCUGUGUUUGGACACAGGUAUCCAAAAGUCCCUGCGAUUUUUGUGGUGAAUAAUCAAGAAGAAUUGGAUCGGUUGCACACUGAAAAUGCCUUAGCUUUUAGAAGAGACCAGAGAUCUUUGUAUUUCAAGGAUACCUUUGGAUGGCUCCCAGUCCAGCUCACCCCUUUCUACCCUGUGGAUUACCGUGUUGAGGUUGGCAGUAUGUGUGGAGAUGGGAUCGUUCAGGAUGGGGAAGAGUGUGACGACGGCAACACGGUUGUGACGGAUGACUGCAUAAGAUGCCGCCGUGCUUACUGUGGAGAUGGCUACAGACAUGAAGGGGUGGAAGACUGUGAUGGAAAGGAUUUUGGAUAUCUGACAUGUAAAACAUAUCUCCCUGGGUCUUACGGAAAACUGCGAUGUACUUCUUACUGCUACAUUGACUCUACACAGUGCCGAUACUUCACAUGAGGGGAGCAGAGAAGGGCAGCAUCCCACACAUCAUGGGGUGCGAGGUGCUAUGCUAUUGUCUAUCCGCGAAGGUCUGGGAUUAAAAAAAAAAAAAGAAAAAGAGAAAAAGCCAUCUCUGUGUGAAAACAAACAGACUUCAUGCUUCUGAUGGCCAUUUUGAGAUGUUUGUUCUUUUUUUUUUUCUUAAUUAAGCCAGAUUCUGAAAAAAUAGGACCACUGUAUCCUGUCUUAAUAGAUAAACAGUGUUUGCCAGUAAGACUUGUGGGCUGUGUGUGGGGACUUUGUCACAAAUGCUACAGGAAACCAAAUGCCACUAACCAGGAAUACUGUGUAACAAGACAACAUUACCUCGGCUUAGCACUGUUCAGCCUAAAUUAAGUUCUUCAGGGUUUUUGUUUUUCAGCCUUUUCAGCAUAAACACAAAGCAUGUAUUGGACAUGGUGUUUAUUGAGACUUUCUCUUUUAUUACGAUGUGAACUUCCUUCAUGUUGUAUCCAGGGGGGUGUGAUGAUGGCUUCAGCGGCAUUGUGGUUAGCAGCACACCUUUGUGGCUCAGAGGAGCCGGCAAAUGCUUUAAAGAUCAGCAGAUGAGGCAAAAAAA